GGAUCCAGAUUAAGAAGAAAGAUGGCUGAGCCGGAGCUGAAAUCACGGAGCAGUCGGGAGAGCAUUGCCAAGGCUGCGAGCCAGGAGAAGAUGGGGGCUCAAGCAGACCCAGACCAAGAUGGUCUGAUUAUUGAGCGGGCAGCGUCUCCCUCUACACCCAUGGCCUCUGCACCCACUGCCACAAGCCCUACGAGCGGCUCACCUGCCAAAGGGGAGAAGAUCGAACUCAAGCGCAGCAUCACCCUCUUCAACGGAGUGGGAAUGAUCAUAGGGACCAUCAUCGGCUCAGGCAUUUUCGUCUCUCCGACGGGUGUGGUAAAAGAAGCUGGCUCUGCUGGGCUCUCUUUGAUCAUCUGGUCUGUCUGUGGAGUGGUGUCUACCAUGGGUGCCCUAUGCUACGCCGAGUUGGGUACAACCAUCACCAAGUCGGGGGGAGACUACACUUACAUCCUGGAGGUGUACGGGGAACUGGCGGCCUUUCUGAAGCUGUGGGUGGAGAUGCUCAUCAUCCGGCCGUCAUCGCAGUAUGUGGUGUCGCUGGUGUUUGCUACCUACCUUCUGAAACCUCUCUACCCGAACUGCACCGUACCCGACAGCGCUGCUAAGCUCAUUGCUUGCCUGUGUCUUACUUCCCUGACGUUCGUGAACUGUAUCAGUGUGAGAGCGGCCACCAAGGUACAAGAUUUGUUCACAGCCUCCAAGUUGCUAGCUCUGAUCAUCAUCAUCCUCUUUGGCUUCAUACAGAUUUUCACAGGUGACGUGCCGUACCUGACACCAGAAAAGGCAUUUGAAGGGAGCAAACUGGGAGUUGACAAUAUUGUCUUGGCUCUGUACAGUGGUCUGUUUGCUUUUGGAGGCUGGAAUUAUCUGAAUUACGUAACUGAGGAGAUGAUCAAUCCAGAGAGGAACCUGCCCUUGUCCAUCAUCAUAUCUAUGCCUAUAGUGACGGUGGUGUAUGUUCUGACCAACCUGGCUUACUUCACAACCAUCUCUCCUCAAGACAUGAUCGAUUCAGAGGCUGUUGCCGUGAGCUUUGGGGAGUACCAACUCGGUGUGAUGUCUUGGUUGAUUCCUGUGUUUGUGGGACUGUCCUGCUUUGGAGCCGUCAACGGAUCCCUGUUCACCUCGGCACGGUUGUUCUAUGCUGGAGCUCGAGAGGGUCAACUCCCCGCUGCUCUGGGGCUUGUCCACACAGACCUCUUCACACCGGUGCCGUCCCUCAUCUUCACAUGUUUGCUGUCCAUGUUAUACGCCAUCUCUCAGGACAUCUUCUCUGUCAUCAACCUCUUCAGCUUCUUCACCUGGCUGUGUGUUGGUAUGGCCAUUGCUGGCAUGCUCUGGCUGCGCUUUACCAAGCCCGACCUCAAAAGGCCAAUUAAGGUGUAUCUGUUCAUUCCUGUGACUUUCGUUUUGGGCUGCGUCUUCAUGAUCGCUGUUUCCUUUUGGGCUGCUCCGUUUGAGUGCCUGGUAGGCAGCAGCAUUAUUCUCACAGGCAUCCCGGCAUACCUACUGGGCUACAAGUGGAAGAAACCCCACGUAGUCAAGAAGAUGCUUGAAAUCUUCACCAUGUUCUGUCAGAAGAUCUUCAUGUCUGUUCCUGAGGAGAGGGAGCAGCAUGAGGCGGCUGAGUAAUUCUGGACAGACUCUGAGACAAGAUGAAGAACUGAGUCAAUAUUUUCGUCUGAACAUUCUUGACAUGUUUACAUUCAUUCACUUUUUCCUUGUGAUUUGGCUACAGCAGUUUUUAUCUUUUUUUUUUAAACAAACCUUUAUUUAACCAGGCAGGUCAUAGUGGAACGAAUUGGUAUUUACAAGGGCGUCCUGGCAAUCUUGGUAAAGGAGGGUUUACAUGAAUGUAUGCGCUUGUGUACGAAGUGUGUAAGCUUAUUUUAUGAAAACUACAAUGUUUAAAAUGUCUUCAAAAAUCUUAGUUAGAUUUUGACAUUUAGACAUUUUCACAGCUUUUAUCCUGAUGCUGAUUAUAUCUCCUUUAAUAUUAGAACAUGUUGCAUGUUCAGUAGUUAAUGGAGAGUCACGCUUUGAUCUUAAAGUAAUUAUAUAUUAAUAAGUGUAUUAAUUGUGUACUGCAAACAGCAACAAAAAGAAACUGCAUAUGAUAUAAAUAUGAUAUGACCUAAAACCUACAAGUUUAUUGUUCACCUAAAGUUUACAGAUGAGUAGUUCAGAGGGAAAACACUUUUUACUUUUCUAUACAUUUACCUUUAACUAACAACCAAACUAAACAUAGUUUAUCAUAGUUCACAGUUUAAUAGAUUAUGGAAGAUAAUGACUUGUUAAAACUUUAGCUACAAUGAAUGAUGUAUGGACUAAUUUGAGGGAGAAAAAGACCUCACAUAGGACACAAUUACUGACACUGUACAGUGCAUAAGGUCAGGGUUGGAAGACAAAGUGGUUAAACUAACAUAUAGCUGACUACAUUAUACUUACAUGCUACUAACAUUUGUGUAAUUUCCAUAUUUGUAUUAGUUUUGUAUCCGUUUGUAAAAUGAAUCCACAUGUUCUGGGACACGGCACUGUCUCAAUGCACAAACUACAGUGAGAUAAAAUAGUGUGUGUUUCCUGACGAUGUGUUGCUGUGAAUCAGGUGUGUUUGUUGUACAGUUUAUUCUCUGUCAAGCUCAAACCAUUUCAGUGUCAGCUCUCCAUAUGUGAUGAUAUUUGAUGAAAUGACAGUGGAUACCAGCAUCUGUUUGUGAGCCAUUAUAAAGACCUAUAUAGAUGUCAUCCUAGUAGUUGUACAUAGUAAACUCCAUUGUAGUGUCAGUGUUUUGUAUUGCAUGUACCUAUUAUCCGUGCCAGCCAUGUCGGUGCUGAUAUUUCAGUUUUUUUGGUUUUAUUGUCAUUAUUGGACCAGAAUGAAUGUUGCAAUUUUAGUGUUUAGGUACAUUACUGGGAAAUGUACCUAUAAAAACCAUUAACUAAAUAGCUGAAAUUUUCUCAAAUUUCUUUGCAAAUUAAAAUGUUUGCAAAAGCUCUAAAACUACACUCAAGAUGCAAGAGGUAAAAACAGAUAAAAAUGAAGGAGGAUAGAAGUUGUUUGAGUUAGGAAAUGUUUCUGGAUCUAGCACAGAAUAAAGUAAUAGUGUCUGUAAACAUCAGCCAUUGGUAAGUGGAUUGUCAGCCUGUACUCAUUUCAUUGUGUGCUGACAGUCCAAGCAACAGACAGAUGAGUGCUGUUCUUCCAUCAUAAAUGGAGUUAAAGUGUGUCAUAUCGGCAGGCGGCAGAACGAGGGAAAAACUGAUAGAGAAAUGACCACAAACAUUUUUAUUCUCUUAGUAUCAAAAUCUUUUUUUUUUGUGACAGUAGAUGAAAUGUGCUCCUUUGAGAAACACAACCACUCUUCAACCACCAUUAUGAAGUAGGCAUCUUAAACAAAAUGGACAGUGAUGAAUUAAAGUUUCAAAAUGCUUCAUGUACCACCAUGGAAAUGAAUUAACAUGUAGGCGGAGAGGGAAACACCACCCUAAAGCAGUUAAUGUUUACAACAGAUUUCAAGAGGAAUUUGAUUUUUAACAUAAAGCACCUUUUCCUCUUCAUGGUUUAUCCAUCUUCAACAAAGUCAGAUAGUUGCGAGCGCAACAGUAGACAGCACAAUGCUCGGAGAGAGAAUAAUAUAUGUGCCCUUAAAUCUGAUAAAAACACAGAGCACAUGUGUCUAAAAAAUGCUACAAUCAAGAUAAAUGAUUCCUGCAGGCACCAUCAUAUAUUUUAUGUUAUACCCAACAUGCUGUAUCUAUGUGCACAAAUUAUUACUGUACAUAAGAACUGAUAAUGCCUUUA